AUGGCGUGCAACAGUUGGGAGAAGUUGUGCAAGGCUCAACGCGACUACCCAAAACCGAAGUUCGCAGAUUCUUUUGUGCAGAAGUCGCUCAAGAAGACACCCAAAACCCAUUUCUCUUGGUACGUUGGUCUGAGCUGGAAAGUGCAUUGCUAUGCUAAUUUCGAGCAGGCAUGGAAAGCUCGUUUAGGUCUUACACUCAACCAUGGACACAACGAUGUGGUGAACCUAGUCCAACAAGCAUGGGAGCAGCCAGGAGUAAAUGACAUCCGCCUGCUUUCCUACUUAUACCAAAUUCUUGCGGAAGCAACGCGGAGAGACCAGGGUCAUAACCUUAACAUCAGCGGAGUAGGCGACGGGAACCUCAAAGUUUGGCAACGUGCUGCGAAAGCGUUGGGCCGCAAAGAAGACCGUCAAGAACUCUGGUCCGCCUUAGGGCAAGUAGCAUUAGCCGAGGAGUGCUGGGAAGACUUCCGCCUGGCUGUCUUCCACUACAGUAAGGAGACCAAGGACGGCACUGGGCCAGCGUCAGCGAAGAAGCAUGCUCAUAUCACGCAAAUACUCGCCAUCCAACUUGCAGCCGAACAGCAGCGUGGACUUCCUGCAGGCGAGAUGAAAUGUAAACUUCAAUUUGACCUGGCUCGUAGACUCCUGAAGCAAGCAUAUGAGGCGGCCCCAGAUGACCCGAUCGCAUUCAAAGAUAUACGCGAUCUACGCUUCAUGGGUGAGAUUUUUGCGCGGCAAGCCAAAUGCAACGAGCUGUUCGAGCACUGGAGUCGCCCGCCCACAGCUCUCCAGGACCUUAUGAACAGACAUCAGGGUGACCUGUGGGAUAUGAAGAUCAGACUUCCGCGGGACAGUAGGGACUGGCCUCUGCUCGAGAGUCAGUGUCUUGCGUAUAUCGAGCGCGUAAUAUCGCAACAAGAGAGCCUUCGAGAAACUUGCGCGUGGAAGCAGGAUGUUUGGACAAGUUUGCUACAAGCCGCGCGAGCAACACGUGGCAUGGACGAUGCCGUUAGCCUUAUCUCCGAUGUCAUACGCCGCACUUUCAAGCCGGAUGAGUUCCAAAGCCAGGACCGUAGCCUAAGACUGGCAUACAUGACACUUCGUCAGACCGUCGUUCCAGGAACCCCGAUGCUGACCGACUGUAAGGCUUACUGGUCAAACCACGCGAACCUCAUCACAUGUUAUGCGGAUAUCCGUCCGUUCGUGGAAGCAUUAAGCAGAGAGGAUCGUAAGGCAUUCUCUAGUUUUGUGGACGCCGACUUUAUGGACAAAUCCAGGCUAUCGGCAGAAAAUAACUACCCUUACCAAGACUUGGUUACCUAUAGCGGGAAUCUCCUGAAGCUGUCUUAUCUUCUGUGGAUAUCACUGACGACGCAGCCAAGUCUGAAAUGGCAAGAUUAUAUGGAGGCGCCUUUGGCCAUUGCAUUGCAAGCCCCCUGGUUACGCGUUCCCAAGUCUCCUGAAGGUAUCAUUGGGAUCUACAUCCUCCUUCGGAUACAUCAUGACGCCAUGCGUAACGAAGAGACCGUCCAUCCUUUCGAAACAACGCCGAAUUCGCGAGUCCUUCUUCAAGCUGCAAUGCUCGCGCGCCAUUUGGUCGCUUGUGAUAAAGAAAAGCAAGACAGGCCACUAGCACUACUGGCUGCGCGACUACACCUGAACCUCGGUCUAGGGAAAUGUGCUUUCCAACUGUACAGCCAUACCAAGUGUAAAGAGAUGUUGGUACAUACGUUGUCGCCAUAUGUUCUGUCCCGGAUCUCACUGACGCAUCCAUUUGGUGCAAAAGGCUAUCAAGGUUUCUCGGCGGAAGAGGAACUCGGCAAAGCCGUUGGCACCAUGGAGAGAAUGGAACGCAAGAUUGACGACACCAUAUAUGCUGAUUUGCAAUCGCUUCCGUGGGACCAGGCUAUGGAACUUCUGGCUAUGAAGCGGAAAUUCAAAUCGAGCUUGACAAAGCAUAUAUGCAAUAUCGAGCGCCGCCGUAUAUCACGACUAAAGAGCGAACCAAUUGAUAACCUACCAGUCAUCGACCCGAAUAGCUAUCGACACAUCUCGGACAACGUGGACAGAUCCGUGUUCCCCAAUUAUGAGCACUCUCAAUCCCCUGGACCACUUCGACACAUCAUGCCUAACCCGAUACCUAAUGUCAACUGGCUGGCCGAAAGCCUUGAUACCUGGGAUACGAGCAGCAGAGUGCUUUAUAGAGAGACACAAGUGUUGAACCCACAGGGUUCAUGGAUACGCUCAAAUGCCACGCCUCCGGGGCAUAUCAGGGAAACCGACCUUAACAUGACGCCUGCGGAAUUCAAAGCUCAGGAUUUGUGGGAGUGCAUCAACUCUAUCGCUAAGAUGAUGGUGUUGGGAGAAGAUCCCAUAGGAAUGCUUUCUGUUCUGAUCAAAGCGCUGCCGGAAGAGCUUCACGCGAUGCGGUUGGCAAUGGAAAAGUUACGCAUGCCGGGCGCUACCAACUUGAAACUCGAAGAUGAACCCACUAUGUUCCAUGAGAACAUGCUUAUAUCCUGCUACACCAAGUUCGAGGUCCUCCGCGCGCUCAUUAAGCUGGUCGAGCACCUACGCGAGAAGGUCGUCAAUGCGAAGACUCACUACCUGAAGGCCAAGUUGCCGAAGAACUGGGUCAAUGAUAUAGAAAGCGAGACCAAGAUCUGUUUUGAGGCAAUACGUGACGUGGCGCAUAGCUAUAUCAAGCUCGUCGAAACAAAAGGUCAAGCUGCAAUCAAGGCGCAAAUACGGUGGGGUAAGACGGGCGAGCUACUGAAAGAGGUGCUGAGUGACGAUGACGUCGACUUCUACGCAACUGAAUAUGUUGAUAGCGCACUUCAGGCUUGGAAGGGUGUGCUGCAGGUUAAGCUUAAGUAG